GUAUUAUAUUUGCUUGCAUUAUAUAUAGAGAGUGACGUAUUCUUGCUAAUGACCGGCUAAGCUUUCUGCGUGUUUCCCUGCUAGUCGGAGAGACUCAGUACACGUCCUCCACGUGUAUGGAGAAAUGUUGAAUGAUCCGUGGUGUGACUCGGAGUGAUCGGCUUGGUGGAGCUGUGAUUUCCUGCAACAGUCGCACAUUCACCACUGCUGCUGCACCCACACCUACUUUCCCCAUCGAGGAUGCUGAUGUUAAUGAUAAGAUCAUGAACUUUCCUUUGACCCAGACUGACUUCUUCAGCGUCUCCGAGCUCUUUACUAUAAAGGACCUGUUUGAGGCCCGAGUCCACCUUGGCCACAAGAAAGGCUGCAGGCACAGACUGAUGGAGCCCUAUCUAUUUGGUAGCCGCCUGGACAUGGACAUCAUUGACCUGGAGCAGACGGCAUCCCACCUAAAGCAGGCUCUGAACUUCACAGCACACGUGGCUUACCGCGGAGGAAUCGUGCUCUUCGUAAGCCGACGUCGCCAGUUCGCACACCUCAUUGAAUCCACGGCGAAACAAUGCAGCGAAUACGCACACGCCCGCUACUGGCAGGGUGGUGUGCUCACCAAUGCCACUGGAGUGCGCCUACCUGACCUCAUCAUCUUCCUCUGUACACAAAACAGUGUCUUCCAGACUCAUACGGGCGUACGCGAUGCCGCCAAGGUCAACAUUCCUACAGUGGGCAUCAUCGACUCGGACUGUGAUCCAAGCCUCAUCACGUAUCCAGUGCCGGGCAACGAUGACACUCCAGCUGCGGUGGAGCUGUACUGCCGGCUGUUCAGGAUGGCCAUCAACAGGGCAAAGGACAAGAGGAAGCAAAUGGAGCUGAUUAAGGGUAUAUGAACAAAAAAGAGCCCAGAGACAUAAAAAGUUAAAUGCAAGUUCUGAUUUGUUUGUUGUCACAAUUAAGAGAUUAUUGUUGCUUAACUAAUUCCUGGUCUUUGUUGAUUUGAACCCAUUGCUCAUGGAACCAGCUAAUCAAACCUAACACCCCCUUUGUUUCCAAGCAGGGAGUCACAGAAAUCUGUAGGGUGGGCAUGGUGAUGUAUGGAGUUUAUUUUAUGUAUUGUGUGGAGUACUAUGUACUAUUAAACAUUUCAGUUCAAUCAAUAAGCAAGGAUACGA